AUGACUCCAACGUCUAUCUCCGGGUUUCCAGCCAGGAUGCUUGCUGUGUUCCCAUUACUCACAAUCGCAGCGGCUUACCUAGUUAUGGUUCAGUGUCUCUACGGAAAUGGACUGGUUCCAAAGCUACACGCAGUGUGUGGCGCGGCAGUUGAGGGGGAAUCGUUCCCAACGCGCAUUUCAUACACCAAUAUCCCCGCUCUCGAUUUCAACCUCUGCGCCAUCGUUACGUUUUUUCACAGCUUGAUGAACACGACCUACCAACCACUUCUAAUCCUCAUGUGCACCACGCUUUCUGCAAUCGCCAUCAUCCCUUUUGCAGAAGCCACCCGCGAACAUCACUCUCAGCGGCUCAAGAUGCCUGCGACUAUUGGCAUGAUGUUCCAGCUCUGCAGCUGUGCGGUGGUUAUGCCGAUUUACUGGUUUGCCUUCGCGCUUACUGGUGGCACGACCCGUCGCAGCGAUAGAAUUAAUCAAGGGAACGCAGAAGCACUUUUAUUUGCCCUUGUCGUUGGUUAUGCUAUCCCCACCGUUUGCAUGGUGGUUUUUGAAGACCCGGUUGUGACUGCCAUAUGGCAGUUCUUCCCACUUUUCAUGAAACUCGCUCAGUGGGCCCACUCAAAAAUCCGAUCCCCCUCGCGUCUCACUGGAUCGGGAUACGGCACUGUGCAAGCCAUGUACUUGCUUGUAUACGUCUCUUCCGCUUAUUUGCAUGUUGUGCACGUCUGGCCUCUUUUCAACAGUCUGGCGCUCACCCAAAAGCUUAUAAUCCCCCCUACGGCUCCUUUGGACCCGUCAGCAAUUUCUGUUGCUGAAGGUGUGGCAGCGUUCCUGAAGUGGGACAUAGCAUUUGCAGCGGGCUCGACAAUUUUGAUGACACUGUGGUUUGCUAGAAGUCUCAGAAGCUUAGUGGUGUUAAUUUUGUGGCAUGUGUCGGCUACUUUCUUAGUGGGACCUGCAGCUGCAAUCGCCGGGGUAAUGAUGUGGAGAGAAGCGACAAUAGAUGCACAGGCCAUCGUCAAGGCAGAGAAGGCUCGAUGA